AUGUCUUCAGAAACUCCUCCUCCUCCUCCAAAGGUCGAAUAUCCCACCAGCAUCGACAAACCUGAGCUUACAACAGGUGACAACCACACAGUUGGUGUUGACUACAACAAUGGCGCCAGCUACGUCGACACAACUACAAAUCAGCCAAUUCAUGACUCUGAAGUUCACACAAGAUUCUCUGGGUAUGGUGAUAGUGACGAUGGGGAUAGUGGUGGGAUCGUGGAGGAGAUUGUUGAUGCUGUGACGGAUAGUUGUGUGUCUGCUGUUCUCAUCUUUUCAUCUAUCUGCACCGGAAGACACUCUGUCAUUUUCGCUAAGUCUAAAACACUCAUUCGAUCGUUUUUGGCCCCUACUGUGCGUUCUUGUGCCUGA